AUGUCGCCCUCUGAGCCUUCUUCCUCUCCGGGCCCCCAGAUGAAGGACGGCCCGGCUGUCCAACAUGCUGAGACCGCUUUAUCCGAUCUCCCAAUACAAACACAGGAAGACUCUUCGAAGCCAGACGGCAGCUUGAUAGACGCUAUGACAUCGGAUACCGCGGAAGGGGAGGCUCUCUCCCAUGUACCCUCAACUACCGACGCAAUAAACUCGCAAAACUCUACCCAACCUCAAACAUCAGCUGAGCUACAACCACUUGCGGGGCACAUGGAGAGGCUGUCACUCUCCGGAAAUACACCAUCAGAAACACCGUCAAAUGCAAAUACCCCUCCACCUCCUACUCCUCCCGAGAAAGACAACGUCUUCGCAAACACAACUCCCACCCCUGCGCCAGCGCUCCCGCCUAUUGACACCAGCACGAACCCCAUUUCCGAGAAAGAGCUUCCAGAAGUGCCGAGUGAUAGUGACCCGGAGCUGAAACAAAAUCGACAAGCCGAAGGCGGGCGAGAGGAUAAUGACUCGCAACCGGAAAUCCAAAAUAUCAUGGGACAGUUCCAGGACCCCGCGCGGAGCACCGACCAAAAGGAGAUCAUGUCACCACGACUCGAGCUUGCCGAACAGUUUCGCGGAGGGCCGGCUUACUUCCCACCUCGAAAAUCAAGUCUGGACCACCCGGCAUCCACUGAGCCUGCGACUGCUCCAGUCCCCGUGGCUGCGGGGGAUCAGCCUGGACCCGUCCCCCACCAGCCCGAUUCCCCAGUAUCAAACCGGCGAUCAUCUACGUCAACAGUCCCACCUCUCCCAGAGCCGGAGUCAGAACAACCCUUUGAUUUCCAUCGGUUCCUAGAACAACUGCGUCACCGUACUGCCGACCCCGUGGCCAAGUUCCUACGCUCAUUUCUCAUGGAGUUUGGGAAAAAGCAAUGGAUGGUCCACGAGCAAGUGAAGAUCAUUAGUGAUUUCUUGACAUUUAUAACGAAUAAAAUGGCCAUGUGCGAGAUCUGGCGGAAUGUAUCGGACAGCGAGUUCGACAAUGCCAAAGAAGGCAUGGAGAAACUUGUGAUGAAUCGCCUAUACUCCCAGACCUUCGCACCGGCGAUACCAGCUCCACCAACGAUACCCCGAAGUGCCAGUCGGAGCCGACGGAGAGAGCUUGAGAGGCUUCACGGGCCAUGGCGCCGCGGCCAACACCAAGAAGAUAUUGAACGAGAUGACAUUUUAGCGCAAAAGAUUCGUAUUUACAGCUGGAUCAAUGAGGGUCACCUUGAUAUUCCACCUGUGAGCGGCGGUGGACGUCGUUUCUUGAAUCUUGCACAACAAGAGAUUUCAAAGAUCAAUGGCUACCGGGCUCCCCGGGAUAAGGUCAUUUGCAUUCUGAAUUGCUGCAAGGUCAUUUUUGGUCUGCUGAAGAACACCAAAAAGGCUGACACUUCCGCCGACUCUUUCAUCCCCCUCUUGAUUUAUGUAGUGCUUCAUGCCAACCCGGAUCAUCUGGUCUCUAACAUCCAGUAUAUUCUUCGAUUCCGCAACCAGGACAAACUUUGCGGAGAAGCAGGGUACUACAUAUCAUCCUUGUCCGGAGCGAUCUCAUUUAUCGAGUCCUUAGACCGAACCAGUCUGACCGUCAGCGAUGAGGAAUUCGAACGCAAUGUCGAAGCUGCUGUAUCUGCCAUCGCCGAGCAAAACCGCGAAUGCGAAACAUUUGAAGAAACCCCCUCCACCCAACCCCCCACAUCCCAUCCACAGGCCGGACCCAGUCGCCAACAAGUCUCACAGUCCAGCGAUGAAGAAAGCUCCGCCCCCGUCGCAGGACUGCUGCGCACCAUUCAAAAACCACUAUCUACCAUCGGCCGUAUCUUCUCCGACGAGCCAGACUCGGGUUCCCCUGCCUCCCCAGACCGCCUGCACCCCGUUGCAACGCCCCAACCCGGCGUCGCCCCUCGCCUUUCUCCCAACGUCUACCAGCCUCCACGCGCAAGUAGUGAGGAGGGUCGGCGCUCGGAAGACGAGCGCUCUCACUCUGCCCAUCGUGGUGAUACUUCAGCGAAGAAGAAGCUCACCCGUGUCCUCGAUGCCCAAGACGCCGCCGCACGGCAAGCCAGUGCUGAAGACGCCGAGGCGCGCCGUAUUCAGCGUUCUGAACACAAGAACGUUGUUGAGACGUUGUCGAAUAUGUUCCCCAACCUUGACCGGGACUUGAUCGACGACGUCGUCAAGAUAAAAGAGGGAAGCUCCGCGCCAAAACUUCUCCCUCGGCUCCCCCGCAAAACCGCGGUCUCUCUGGGACAUUUGUCUCGAUUAAAUUCCGGAAUCUUUUAUGAAACCCUAAUCUUCUUCAACACCAAAACCAAAAUGUCUCCAUUUCGCAUAGUCGAUCAUGUCGUACCAAGCCAGCACAUAAGGGAGUACCCUGGGGCGACGGCCAAUGAACAAGAAGAACCACUGCAGCUGGCCGUGAAGCAGUACAUUCCACUUGAUAAUCCCAAUCCGCAACCAGGCGACGUGACUAUCCUCGCCGCGCAUGCAAAUGGCUUCCCCAAGGAACUAUAUGAGCCUCUCUGGGAAGAAAUCCACGCUCGAUCUAAACAGAAUGGAUUCCGCAUUCGAAGUAUCUGGAUGUCCGAUGUGGCCCAGGAAGGCCAGAGCAGUGUGAUCAAUGAAGACUCCCUUGGCAACGACCCAAGCUGGUUUGAUCAUCCUCGCGACCUUCUUCACCUGGUCAAUGUGAAACGGGCUGAAAUGCCCCGGCCCAUAGUUGGCAUUGGACAUAGCAUGGGAGGCGCUCAUCUCACUCAACUAUGUCUGAUGCACCCAAGACUCAUCCACACAUUGAUCCUGCUAGACCCCGUCAUCCAACGCCAAACCACCCAACUAGACGGCCUCAGCAUGGAACAAAACAUGCGCAGGAUCGCCAAAACAACCCAACUCUCAACCUACAGACGCGACAUCUGGCCCUCCCGCCAAGCAGCCGCAGAAGGCUUCCAGCGAAGCCCCUUCUACCAAGCCUGGGAUCCAAGAGUCCUCUCCCGCUGGGUCGAGCACGGUCUCCGCGAUCUCCCAACAGCCAUCCACAAACUGGAUCCAAAGACUCCAAUCAACCCCUCAAACCCCCCAGUAACUCUCCGCACCCCCCUCCACCAAGAAGUAUUCACCUUCUCGCGCCCAAACUACAACCACAUCCCGGGCAGCGGAAAGCCCGUCAAUCGCGUCACCCACCCAGACCUGGAUGCAGACCACCCACACAGCCACCCAUUCUACCGACCCGAGCCAGCGCGUAUCUUCUCCCAGCUCCCCUUCCUCCGCCCAAGCGUGCUGUACAUCUUCGCUGGGAAGUCAGACAUGUGUAUCCCCGCUAUGCGCGCAGACAAGCUAGCCAACACUGGCGUUGGACUGGGUGGUAGUGGUGGUGUUGCGGCUGGACGUGUGCGAGACGUAUUCCUCGAAGAGAAGGGACAUUUACUUGCCCAGGAAGCUGUGGAUGAGUGUGCUGAUGCGGCUGCUUCGUGGCUUGCGCCUGAGAUUCGACGCUGGAAGGAUGAAGAGGAGAGCUUCCGAUCUGGUUGGAGUAAGAAGUCGAAGAUUGAGAAGCAGACUAUUGAUGCGGAGUGGUUGAAGAAUGUCCCGGCUCCAGCGCGGAGGCCUAAGGCGCAGAGUGGUGGCUCGAAGCUGUGA